CUGAAUCCAUCGCAUACGCUAAUAGCCGAAUAGAUAUACUAAUCCCCAGGUUAAGUCUGUCAAGCUGCUAGGCUCAUGGGAUAACUUCGCCAAGUCGUAUCCUAUGGAGCACGACAGGCGUAUUGGUCCAGGCCAUUGGAGGGGGUGCCAUAGUUUUACUAGCAUAAUAUGUGAUGGAACGCCGAAGAAUAUUGGUUCAUCUCGCUCCGGUGGGCUCAAAAUGGGCGGCACAUAUUGGUAUUAUUACUUACUGGACGAUGAUGUGGAAUACUACAAUCAUGCGGAGCCAGUCACAUCGCAUUGUCCUCUUCUUCCCGGCCAGCCUGUCAACGUUCUUCAUGUACCUGUCAUUUUGCCGGAUACACGUCCGAUUUAUCCCUGUGAUAGAAGUCCAAGCCCGCAACAAACGGAAGAGCGGACUAUGGACCCUAAUGAUAAAUAUAUGAACCCGCGACAGGCCCCCAAACCAGCACUUCCACGCCUCCGCACAUCUCCUCCACUGCUACAACAACCAACUCCGACUUGGUCUUUCAACACUUCCCCUUUAGGUUUAUUAACCAACAGAGGCGCUUCCCAGCCUAAUAGUGCGACGCCUAAGGCUACAAUUCAGAAUGAUCAAAGAGCUCCAGGUAGUAAAGCUGCUCGAUCAGUCUCUCCUCCAAGAUCAAGGGGUCUUCGCGCUGCUUUCCGACAAUGGAAUGCAUCUUCUCCUGAUCUCAACGUGACAGAUGAUCAGAAUAGCGAUUCUACGAAGCCCCGACUGGCCUUCAGGCCUGUCAUCGGGCGUACUGAAAGCCUCAAGACCCUCCAGAACACGUCGAAGGAUUACCAUGUGCAUCAAACGGGUCAUACGUCGAAGGGGAGCCUACUCCCCCUGCGGCCUGCAUCAUCUGGACAUCCUGGAGCUACGGCGCUAUCUAUCCAGGAUCGGCGUGCUCUAAAUCCAAAAAUCGCGGAACGUGCGACACCCAGAACUCCUUUGACUCUUCAAACGAACCACGAAACGAUUACCACUAAAAAUGGUGGUAAUAAGGUCCAUCCACAUGCCCCCAAAGAUUUUGUCGCUUCUGUGGACUCCGUCUUCUUGCUCGCGACUGCCUUGCCAGUGGCAGCUGAAGAUGCUGUAACCCCUACACCAUUCACUUUCGCAGAAAAGAGGCUCCCCACUCUACCGAAUACUCCUUCAUCAGUCAUGGACGAAGCGCUGCGUGAUCUCGAAACUCGAGAAAAGGAGCUCGAUGCAGAAAAUCUUGGCAGUCAUUUCUCUGAUUUCAGUACGACGGAGGAGUCCACAAGCAGCUCUCCGUGCGAGAGAAGUCAUUUUUCCGAAUGGAGUACGGAUACAGAGGUGAUCUCUCCUGAGUCCAUGGCACCUUCGCUAACUCUCAACAAUGGUACCCAAACUUUUUCUGCUCCGGAAGGGAUGAGAUUUGCAGAACUGUGGAAGCACUCUGUUCCUGCUGAAACAAGCGAUCCGAACACCCCACAGCUUACUGUUCAUUCAAGGUCUUCCCCCACUACAAUCGGUGGCGACUCACCUCUCCUUGAUCUGCCACCUCCUCGUCUUACGGUCUCUUUAUCCCCCUCUGAUAUGGAUUUCUCUGGCCUUUGUAUCAGUGAUGCUGGUGAGGUCGAAAGAGAUCCCAAGCGCCAUGCAGCUUUCUUUGGCGGGAUAGAAGGACUUGGGCUUCUCCGAAGUCCUGAACCCUCUACUGUGCAGUUUGCGGGAAAUGUCCGAGAUGAUGUGGAAACGACACAUAACGAGAAGAGUGCAGGGCUCAGCAACGGCUAUGAUCGCUUCAGCAUCAGCUCGCUACCAGGGCAGUCUGCAGCAAUGCAAGAAAUGAUGGAUGAGUUGAGUUACCUCAAAUCGAUGAUUCAAUCUUAGAUGAUGCGAAUGUAUAGUCUACAGUACGACUUUAUAUAGAGUGGAAUUGAUAAAACAAACAUACCGGGCUUUCUGGUUUU